AUGCAGUUCGUCAAUUUGUUCUACUUCCUUCUACUAGGAUUAGUGACAGCGGGUUCUUUACAAGAUUUAGAGAUUGGUAUCACCAAAAAAGCACCUCUCUGCACUGAAAAGGCAUUCCCUGGUGACGUUGUUGACGUUCAUUAUACUGGGUACUUUAGAGAUGAUGGUAAGCAGUUCGAUUCUAGUUAUUCAAGAGGUAAACCUAUUUCCUUUACAUUAGGCUCUGGUCAAGUUAUCUACGGUUGGGAACAAGGAUUGGUUGGUACUUGUGUUGGUGAAGAACGUAAGAUUCAAAUUCCAAGCAAAUACGCCUACGGUGAAACUGGUAUUCCAGGAGUCAUUCCUCCCAACUCCGAUAUGGUCUUUGACGUCAAGCUUGUUUCUAUAAACAAGGACAGUUAG